AUGGCGCCGGCGUGGAAGAGCAGAGGCAAGAAGACGAAAAGAAAAACCAAAACCCCGCCUUCCUCCACCUUGGUUCCUUCCUCAUCGACGGUGGCGGAAAUGCCGUCGAUCGAUGUCCUCACCGAGUUCGUCCUUCAGGACAUUCUCCGCCGCCUCUCCCUCGCCGACCUCCUCCGUGCUGCCCUCGCCUCCCACCGCUGGCGCCGCCUGGCCUCCCGCUGCCUCCCUCGCGACCCUCCUCUCCUCGGCUACUUCUUCCACCCAGCCGAGGUCCACGUUCCGUUCCCUGAGCGGGAUCCAAAGAUCGUCGAAACCCCCGCCGUGUUCGCUCCCCUCGACGCCUCCUCCCCGCGCCUCUCCCUCGAUUUCGCCCCGGACGCCUCCCGUUUCUUUGUCUACGAUGCGCAUCAAGGUCUCCUCCUUCUCGAGCCGAGCGAGAGCGUCCCCAAGGUGGUCCUCCCCCGCUUCCUCGUCCUCGACCCGGCCACCCGCCGCCGCACGGUCCUCUCGCCGCCGCCGCGCGACACGGUGCCCGAUGACCGCCGCUGGCGCAGCUCAAGGUACUACGUCGGCUCCGCGCUUCUCUCCCGCACGCACCCGACCAAGCUCUGCUUCGAGGCCGUCUGCUUCGCCAUCGACGGAGGGCACCCUCGCGCCUGGGUCGCGUCCGUCGACGACGGCAAGUGCCGCUGGCGCGCGCUCCCGCGGGACGAGCAGGUGCUGGUCGAUUUCGACCCCUAUUGGUUCGAGGGACGCGCCGUGCGCGCCGCCGGGAAGAUCUACUGGCACACCUGCCAGUCCUCGCGCCUGCUCGUGCUGGACCCUUCCACGCUCAGGUUCUCCUACUUGCCGGCGCCGGGCGAGCUGUUUGCGCACAACCGCAACCCCAAGUACCGCAUCGGGGAGACGCCGGAUGGGCGCCUUUGCCUGGUCACCGACGCCCAGCAGCAGCUGCAGCUCUGGGUACGCGGCGGGAAGGGCGACAAGGGCUGGAUUCUGGAGAGGAAAAUCGUCGACUUGCUCCUGCUCUGCCACAAGCUGCGUGGCCUGCCCGUCGACCCCAUGUUCAGGACCCUCUGCGUCUGGCCCAGCGACAUGGACGCCGGCCGCACAGGGAAGGUGUUCAUCAAGACGUGGGGAUUCGGCCGCUUCUCCUUCCAUAUGGACACCGGCAAGAUGGAGCUCCUGGCGACCAAGGAAGUCUAG